CCAAUCCACGAUCAGGUGGAGAAACAGUUGCUAAAUCAUAUCUAUCCCUUAACCUGUUGGAAAGGAUUUCAGGGGAUGGUGACAGGAGGCAUCCCUUAAGGCACGGAAUCUGAUCCGACAUCUAAUUUUACUGGCCGAAUGGCUUCGUGUUUGACUCUUUGGAGAAACCCUUUAGGCUGUUCUGGCGAUGAAUCUCUUCAGACUAGGAACAAGUGCAUCGCUAGUAGUAACAAGAAGCUACUAGCAAAGGAAUCUACUAGGACCUUUUCUGUUUUGGGGUGAACACGGGCGCUUGGAGCUCGGUCCGUCAAGUCCGCCGCCGCGGCGCCGCCGCGACGUCAUCGCGGCCGCGGCUCAAAGAGCAUUGGCCCCCCGCGGAUUGAGACCUCGCCGAAGGCGCGAAGGCAUCACCGAAAGCGACCAAUGUUGGCUUGUGGGUGUUGUGACACGAAUGGUGGCACUCCUGUGGAGGAAGUGACCUCGUUGCCCCGUCUCAAGACUCUCGAAGAAGACGGCCGGAUCUCCGAGACGCCAGAAGUUCCUCCAGCUGCAGCUCCCGCACCGAUGAAGGAGAGUGGUGCCACCUUCACCUUCAAGCUGCCAGACAACACCUCAAAGGAGGUGGUGUUCAGGGCCAAACCCUUGGGUCUGGACUUCAGCAAGUCGACCCCCUUGGUGGUGAAGGCUGUGAAGAAGGACUCCGUGGCAGAGGACGUGGCCGUUCAAAGCCAGUGGGAGGUAACGCAUGUGAACGGAGAAGAGAUGCCCACAGACUUGAGGGAGGCGAUGACUGUGUUGUUGAAGGCAGUCAAGGACCUUCCACCAAAGUGAAUGCAAAGCGCAAAGCGUGAUCUCAGGGCAAAAGGGCGAUUUGUUGCAAAAGUACUUAAGUCAGUC